AUGGUUCGCGAACGCGUAGGAGAAGGGCGCUUUAUCGAAGUGUUUGUCGAUACGCCGCUGGCGAUUUGCGAAGCCCGCGAUCCCAAAGGCUUAUAUAAGAAAGCGCGUGCCGGUGAACUGCGCAACUUUACGGGAAUAGAUUCCGUUUACGAAGCGCCUGAAUCGGCAGAAAUUCAUCUCAAU